ACCCACAAGUGGCGGUUUGACUUGUUUACUGCAUGCUGGCUUGCAGGCAGUUAUUCCGGGUAUUAUCUUUGCAGAAAAGAAAACUAAGUAGAAGAUCAUGGCGAGUUCCAACUGGGGAUAUGACGACAAAAACGGUCCUGAACAAUGGGGCAAGCUGUAUCCCAUUGCAAAUGGAAAUAAGCAAUCUCCCAUUGAUAUUAAAACGAGUGAAACGAAACAUGACACCUCUCUUAAACCUAUCAGUAUCUCCUAUGAUCCAGCCACAGCCAAAGAAAUUAUCAACGUGGGGCAUUCUUUCCAUGUAAACUAUGAGGACAAUGAUAACCGAUCAGUGCUGAGAGGUGGUCCUCUUUCUGAAAGCUAUAGGCUCUGUCAGUUCCAUUUUCACUGGGGCAGCACAAAUGACUAUGGUUCUGAACAUACAGUGGAUGGAGUCAAAUAUUCUGGAGAGCUUCACCUAGUUCACUGGAAUUCUGCAAAGUACUCCAGCUUUGCUGAAGCUAUCUCACAGGCUGAUGGUUUGGCAAUUAUCGGUGUUUUGAUGAAGGUUGAUCAGGCCAACCCAAGACUGCAGAAAGUACUUGAUGCCCUAAACGCAGUUAAAACCAAGAACAAACGAGCCCCAUUCACAAAUUUUGACCCAUCUACUCUCCUUCCUUCAUCCCUGGAUUACUGGACCUACUCUGGCUCUCUGACUCAUCCUCCCCUUUAUGAGAGUGUGACCUGGAUCAUCUGCAAGGACAGCAUCAGUAUCAGCCCAGAGCAGCUGGCACAGUUCCGAAGCCUUCUAUCAACUGUUGAAGGUGACAAAGCUGUCCCCAUUCAGCACAACAACCGGCCACCCCAGCCUCUGAACAGCAGAGUAGUGAGAGCUUCAUUCUGAUGGGACCAGGAAGGAACUUCUUACUCCAGGAACACUGCCCUGCUUCGGACAUAACCCAGUAAAGCAAUUUUUAAGAAACGCAUUCAUUUCAAUACUAGCAAGGCAGCAUAGCUGCAAAUUCAAUCUAUAAAGCAAAGUUUUAAUUUUUAUUCUUAAUGUUUAAUUCAAAUAAUAAUCCAUAAGCUUGUAAAACUUGUCCUUAAAUUCAAGUUUAUUUUUGUGAAAUUCUUUAUAAUUGCAAUUAAAUUAUACUAAAUAAUUUCUUAGUGAUUUGUAUCUGUUUCCAUUUUAUUCAGUUUUGUUGACCAGUAAAAUAGCUUUAUCCCUUUCUUGUCUGGUAUGUACUCUAUUUUUUUAAAUGUUAAAUAAUCAGUGGCCCAUGUACAUUCCAAAAAUCUUAAGUGCCUUAUUUGUAAUAUCAUUUUGCCUUAAAUGUAAUAACCUAAGAGUAGCUUGAGAUGAAAUAUUGAGAAAUUCAUUUUCUUACUCUUGAAGGCAGCUAUAUAGCUAAGAUUACAACUGUAAUUAAUAUUAUUACACUGGCCCAAUAUUGCUAUCAUCUGUGUUGUCUGUGAUAAAAAUGGUAUCUUACAUGGGAA